AUGAUACAAAACUGUGAUAAGAACACACCUAAAAUGUUGGUUGUUUACCACGCAAUUGACCAUAAAAACAUCAAAUACUUUAGUAUCUUAGACGUUGUAAGAAAAAUAUGCAAAGAACGUCAACUGAAGUUCAUUCUAUCACUUUCUAAUCCCAUUGAUGUUGGUUUCGAAGUUUCCGAUACCAAACAAUUAAAUAUUAAUCUUCAAUUUGCCCAAAAAUCGCAAAUUGAAGCACUUACAUAUGCUACUAACAAUAGGAAUAGAUAUGGAUCUAAGAUUGUCUACUUUGUUGACUCUUUAUUCGAUGUUAAGAACAUAAUUAACGAAUACCAAAAACAAACAUCGAAUUUAACAGUCAUUUCACCUGAAAUGACACCAGAAACAAGUGCCAAAGACAUUUUAUCAUUGUGUGAGAGCAAAUCCUGUUUAAUUCCUUUGUUUUUCGAACAUCAAAUCACAUUUGAAUUUAUUUAA